GCCCCGCUGCACAGCUCUGCAAUGAUCAACUUUGACGAAUUACUCGCAGACAUUGGCGAGUUCGGAGCCUAUCAAAAAUGGAUGGCAGUAUUGUGUUGCAUCCCUGGGAUCGUGGCUGCUUUUGUAUUCGUGGGCUUUGUCUUUAUCGGAGAAAGGCCUCCGUUCUGGUGUCGCGGUCCUGGAGUCGAGACAUUCGUGGAGAAGUGUGGCUGGACUCUGGAGGAGGAGAAAAAGUAUACGGUACCCACAGGUUCAAAUGCUGCCUGUUUCCGCUAUGAUGUUGAGUGGAACCAGACUGACCUGGAGUGUGCCGCGUGGGAAUCGCGCGUGGCAAAUGUCUCGGCGAUCGACUUGGUGCCAGUGGCUCCAUGCGGAGGCGAAUGGGUUUAUGAUUGGAACCGCACCAGCCUCGCAACUGAGUUUAAUCUUGUGUGCACAGACUCCUGGAAGUUGGAGUGGACCCAGUCUUCACUGUCAGUAGGAUACUUGAUAGGGGCCGUUCUCACAGGUUAUGUGGCAGACAGAUAUGGAAGGAAAUUCUGUUUCCUCAUCUCAACUUUUGGACUGGCUGUUUCAAGUGUUAUUGUAUCUUUUUUACCAAACUACAUCUUAUUGCAGUUUUUUCGCAUUCUUCAGGGCUUUUUUGCAAAAGGAGUAUGGAUGGCCUCAAAUGUACUUGUUGCAGAAAUUGUUGGUGCAAACUACAGGAGAAUUGUGGGCAUCAUGGCACAGAUACUGUUCACUGUUGGAAUCAUUAUUCUACCUGGAAUUGCUUACAUCAUUCCUUCCUGGAAGAUGCUGAAUCUUGCCAUCAGUUUACCAACGUUCAUUUUAUUGCUCUACUACUGGUUUCUUCCAGAAUCUCCAAGGUGGUUGCUAAUGUGCAAAAAGAACAAAGAAGCAAUCAGAAUAGCCAAAAUAAUUGCUAAGCAUAAUGGAAGACCUUUCCCUACAACGUGCGAAGAGGUAGACACUGAUGAGUCUGAUCCAGAAAACAGGCACACCCCUUCUGUACUUGAUGUGUUUAAGACAGCUCAGUUGAAGAAGUACUCUCUCAUUUUAAUGUAUUCUUGGUUUUCAUGUGUUGUGGUGUACCAGGGGCUGGUCAUGCGCCUUGGAAUUAUUGGCAGAAACCUUUAUUUCGACUUCUUUUUAUCUGGAUUGAUGGAACUUCCUUCUGCAUUUAUAAUACUAGUGACUGUAGACCGAGUUGGAAGACGACCACCUUUUGCUUUUUUCAGUGUUUUGGCAGGACUGGCCUGCUUGAUCACUGCAUUUAUUCCUGAAAGCUUAAGCUGGCUGAAGACGAGUAUUUCUAUCAUAGGAAGGCUUGCGAUAACAACUGUCUUUGAGAUACUAUAUCUUAUCAACACUGAGAUCUUUCCUACUCCUCUCAGAAACCUUGGGAUUUCCAUAUGCUCAAGUCUCUGUGAUAUUGGAGGAAUUGUGGCACCUCUUUUACUCUAUCGGUUAGCUGCAAUCUGGGUGGAGCUGCCACUUAUUCUCUAUGCUGUUUUUGCUUUGCUUAAUGGUGGACUGAUUUUGCUGUUACCUGAAACAAGAGGCAUCGAUUUACCAGAAACCUUGGAGGACCUAGAAGCUUUAGAACGUAAGCAGCACACCAAAACUGAAAAAGGCAAUUCCAAAUCUUGUUCAUCUUACAUGUAACUGGGAAGAAACAAAAAACUUACAUUUUUAAAUGGGCUUUGAUGUAGCCGGCCCUUUGAAUGCAGUUAUAAUUUUCUAUGUUUUGAGUCUGAAUAGUAAUUUCUGAUGCCAUUCUCCCAAUUAGAGAAUACAUAAAAAUCAUUGCCUAAAUAUAGCAGUAUGAUUGGAAUAAGACCAGGUUAACUGACCAAAAGCCUAAAAUCUUUUGACAGGGACUACAGGAUUAUAUUGCUUCUUUACCUGAAAAAUCUGUCUUCACAUUCCUUUCCUUCAGCAUUUUUGUUUGGUUUGAGUUCAUUUGUUUUUUCAUUGACUCUGUACCAUUAUUUCAUAAAAAGAAAAAAUGAGUGAAAUAAAUAAGUUGAGUUAUUGAGGUAAACCUAACAAAAUUAAAUACAUUAAAUCAGUAAAUUGAAUCAAACUGUUAAUUAUUACUUCAUACACUGUAUAAGAAUUUGGUCAGGAGGGGCAACAGCCUGCUUUUACUUGAUCUGUAUUUUCAAACUAUUAUCAUGGGUCAUUUACCAUCAUAUGACAAUGACACAACAAUCUGGCCAAGAUCAGGUCAUGCUGCUAAAAUACUUCUAUAUUGCUAAAACUAUCAAUGUAAAUAUCUGCACUCAGGAACUGAACAGGAUUUUUUUUUUUCAUAAGUAAACUAAUGUUAACUGUUGAUAUGAAAACAAUUCACACCAAAGCAAUCUUGUCAGUACCAAAUGCUAGCUUAAGCAUAAACAAGUUUAUCUUCCUUUACCCUGGUACUAAUCACUAAAAUCUGCUAUGUACACCAAAAAAAGAAAACAAAUGCUAGCGCUCUGUGGUGUGCCGACGAACACAUCAAUAAGAGGAUACCACUUGAAUAUCUUUGUAUUUAUACUUUUGAUUAUUUAAUAAACUGAAUUGUGCAGAAUUGAGAUAAGCCUAAACAAGAAUUUUUUUCAG